GGGCGCAGCCUCACGCUCUAUAAAUACGUGGCAUUAGCUUUCAGGAGUUCAGUCUAUCGGUGCUUUUUGCGGCGAACUAACACAUUUAGAAGCCAAGCAAACAAACCAGAAAAUGUCUCUCGAACGUCAAGUACGCGCUAAGCUCGCUUCCAAGCGCAGCCCUGAACAAGAGAAAGAAUGCCAGGAGUGGAUCGAAACCAUUCUUGGUGCUAAAUUCCCCCCUGGCGAGGCGUUCGAAGAUGUCCUUAAGGACGGAACUGUCCUUUGCCAGCUUAUCAACAAGAUCAACCCUGGAUCCGUCAAAAAAAUCAACACCUCUGGUGGACAAUUCAAAAUGAUGGAGAACAUCACCAACUUCCAAGCCGCAAUCAAAGCCUAUGGCGUCGCUGACAUAGACGUCUUCCAAACUGUGGACCUUUGGGAGAAGAAGGACAUCGCUCAAGUAGUCAGCACACUCUUCGCUUUGGGCCGUGAGACUUACAGACACCCUGAGUUCACCGGUCCUUCCCUAGGCCCCAAGCCCUCUGAGGAGUGCAAGCGUGACUUCUCUGAAGAAGUGCUUAGGGCUGGUCAGACCGUGAUCGGUCUUCAGGCUGGAAGCAACAAGGGCGCCACACAGGCCGGCCAGAACCUUGGCGCUGGCCGCAAGAUCCUCCUCGGCAAGUGAAAAUUGCGCGGGGACAAAGUGAUACUAGUUUUAAGAAAAUUUUACAACAUUGUGUGAACGUGGACGCUAUGAUAAGACUGUUGGAUCAUGUAUCUAAAUACUAGUCAAGCGUGAUGUGUAAGAUUGUGAGUUCUCUUGUUUGUGGACAAGAUGACCUGAAUAUUACCAAAAUUACCUGGUAAUUACGUCUUAUACUUCCAUAUUGCGCAAAAUUGGUUUCGUAUUUAGGAUUAAGAAAUUAUAUGAUUUCCAUUAUAAUAAUAUGAUAUCAUUUUUUAAUAAAACACUAUUUAUUUA